AUGGAAGACGACGAUUUAGCACAGAUCAGGAAGGCUCGACUCGAGCAGCUCAAGUCCCAAGGUGGAGGAGGAGGAGGUGGUGGGGCGGGAAGCAGCGGCGGCGGACAGGAUGACAGACACACGAAAUCUGACUUUUGCCCAGCCGAAGCACGUCAAUCGAUCUUGAGCCAAAUUCUCGAGCCAGAAGCAGCAGAUCGGUUAGGACGCAUAAAAAUGGUUAAAGAAUCAAGGGCCGCAGACGUGGAGAACAGGUUAAUUACGCUGGCAAGGUCGGGGCAGCUGCGAGCGAAGGUCACCGAAGAGCAGUUGAAGGAGUUGCUGAACGCAGUGGCGGAGAAGAAAGAAGAGGAGAAGAUUGUAGUUAGUAGGAGGAAGGGUGGAUGGGAUGACGACGACGAUGACUUGCUUGACCUAUAA